CGCCCACUCUCCUCCUCCUUCCCGCCCUUUCCUUGACCCCGCCCCUUUCCCCUGCCAGGCCCUGCGCUUUCCCUGAGCCCGCCUCAUUUCAUUCCUUCCCUGCCCUUUCAUUGGCCGCAGCUCUCUUCUCCCUUGAGCCCCGCCUAUCUGCUGGCGCGUUGUCUCCGGCGCAUGCGCAGACUGCUCGGAAGUUGCUUCCCCGGAGUGCCGCCAUCUUUGCUCCUGGUCCCCGACGGGGCUCCCGCGUGUCUGAGACCUACGACAGGAUUCCCAAUUCCCAAACCUUUGCAGGAUGGAGGAGGAGGCUGUGAGGAAGAGGAAGGUGCCCCAGGACAGCCAGGCAGACAAGGAGCUGAGCAUGGAGACCAGGGAGGACAAAUCCCCACGGCAGAUCCUCGUGGAAGAGGCCGUUUUGAGCAGCUCCACGGUGCAGGAAUCCAGCGGGGAGGAAAAGUCCUGGCGAUCCCUGGUGAGAAGAGACUGCAAAAGCAGAUCACGAGGAUCUGAGGAGGAAAGAGCCACCCUGUGCCAGGAAGGCGGCCAGAGAUGGAGCCAGAGCUCAGACCUGGUGGUCCAUGAGCAGCUUCAUGAUGGGGAGAAGCCCCACAAGUGCUUUGAGUGUGCAAAGAGCUUCAGCUGGCGGUGCGACCUGCUUCGCCACCAGAGGAUUCACACAGACGAACGGCCCUACGAGUGUGGGGAAUGUGGGAAGAGCUUCAGGUACAGCUCCAGCCUGAUCAGUCACCAGAGGAUCCACACUGGGGAGAGGCCUUACGAGUGUGGGGAAUGUGGGAAGAGGUUCAGAGAGAGCUCCAGCCUAACCAAGCACCACAAGAUCCACACUGGGGAACGGCCAUACAAGUGUGGGGAAUGUGGGAAGUGCUUCAGGCACCGUAGUUACCUGACCAUACACCAGAGGAUCCACACUGGGGAGAGGCCCUACAAGUGUUCCGAGUGUGGGGAGGGGUUUCUGACCAGCUCCAAGCUCCUUGAACAUCAGCAGACACACAUAGAGGAGAGGCCCUUCCACUGCCCUGACUGCGGGAAGGGCUUCACGCGGAACUCCAACCUCAUCACCCACAGGCGCAUCCACACCGGGGAGAGGCCCCACGAGUGUGAUGUAUGUGGGAAGAGCUUCAUACAGAGCUGGGACCUGAUCUGCCACCAGAGGACCCACACUGGGGAGAGGCCUUAUGAGUGUGAUAAAUGCAGCAAGAGGUUUCCCACCAGCUCUCAUCUCCUCCUGCACCAGCGGAUUCACAGAGAGGAGAGGCCCUUCCGCUGUCCUGACUGCAGGAAGGGCUUCAAGUGGAAAUCUGCCCUCACCACCCACCUGCGCAUCCACACUGGGGAGAGGCCCUACGAGUGUCCCCAGUGUGGGAAGAGCUUUUCACAGAGGUCUCACAUGACCCAACACCAACUGAGGCACUGCACGGGGGCAGAGCAAAGGGCAGGAAAGGAUUUCCAAUUCCCAAACCUUUGCAGGAUGGAGGAGGAGGCUGUGAGGAAGAGGAAGGUGCCCCAGGACAGCCAGGCAGACAAGGAGCUGAGCAUGGAGACCAGGGAGGACAAAUCCCCACGGCAGAUCCUCGUGGAAGAGGCCGUUUUGAGCGGCUCCACGGGGCAGGAAUCCAACGGGGAGGAAAAGUCCUGGCGAUCCCUGGUGAGAAGAGACUGCAAAAGCAGAUCACGAGGAUCUGAGGAGGAAAGAGCCACCCUGUGCCAGGAAGGCGGCCAGAGAUGGAGCCAGAGCUCAGACCUGGUGGUCCAUGAGCAGCUUCAUGAUGGGGAGAAGCCCCACAAGUGCUUUGGGUGUGCGAAGAGCUUCAGCUGGCGGUGCGACCUGCUUCGCCACCAGAGGAUUCACACAGACGAACGGCCCUACGAGUGUGGGGAAUGUGGGAAGAGCUUCAGGCACAGCUCCAGGCUGAUCUAUCACCAGAGGAUCCACACUGGGGAGAGGCCUCAUGAGUGUGGGGAAUGUGGGAAGAGGUUCAGCCACAGCUCCAGCCUGAUCUGCCACCAGAGGAUCCACACUGGGGAGAGGCCCUAUGAGUGUGGGGAAUGUGGGAAGAGGUUCAGAGAGAGCUCCAACCUAACCCAGCACCAGAAGAUCCACACUGGGGAACGGCCAUACAAGUGUGGGGAAUGUGGGAAGUGCUUCAGGCACCGUAGCCACCUGACUGUACACCAAAGGAUCCACACUGGGGAGAGGCCCUACAAGUGUUCCGAGUGUGGGAUGGGGUUUCUGACCAGCUCCCAGCUCCUUGAACAUCAGCAGACACACACAGAGGAGAGGCCCUUCCAUUGCCCCGACUGCGGGAAGGGCUUCAAGCACAACUCCAACCUCACCAGCCACAGGCGCAUCCACACCGGGGAGAGGCCCCACGAGUGUGAUGUAUGUGGGAAGAGCUUCAUACGGAGCGGUGACCUGAUCCGCCACCAGAGGACCCACACUGGGGAGAAGCCUUAUGAGUGUGAUAAAUGCAGCAAGAGGUUCCGCACGAGCUCCAAGCUCCUCGUGCACCAGCGGAUUCACACAGAGGAGAGGCCCUUCCGCUGCCCCGACUGCAGGAAGGGCUUCACUCAGAACUGCGCCCUUGUCAGACACCGGCGCAUCCACACUGGGGAGAGGCCCCACGAGUGUCCCCAGUGUGGGAAGAGCUUUUCACAGAGGUCUCACAUGACCCAACACCAACUGAGGCACCAGUAAGGGAAGCCCUGUGAGUGCCCUGAGUGCAGGAAGAGCUUUGUGCACUGCUCCAGCUGCGUCCCCCACUGGAGGACCCACGUUGGGCAGAGCCCUGGUCACCCACAUUCCCUGUGAUCCAUGUCGGGAAGACACCUGGCUGGUUAUCCUUUUUUUUUAGGCGUAAUUUUUUUCUCCUCUCUCUUAAUUUGCAUUCCAGAAGCCAAGAGAGAUCCAUCUGUCACCUCAAAACCACUGAAAUCCCACUGAGAACAACUCAACCUUACCCCAAAAGGGCUCAAUCCCACCUCAGAAUGGCUUGUUCCCACCUCAGAAAAACUCAAUCCCACACCAAACUUACUCAAUUCCACAGCUGCCAGGCUGAGAUGGGGCUGGAAGGAGAUUGGGAGAAGUGGGAUCCAAAUUUGGAGCGGUGGGAUCGGGAUUGUGCAUGGCUGGGUGGGUGGGAUGUAUUUGAUAGUAAACCACUUGUGUGGUUAUAAUGUGGGGCCAGGUCAUGUCUGUCACCCUCCCUUACAAGGGGGGCUGAGAUCAUCUCCAUUCCUGCUUACCUGGGGGAUGGGCUGGAGGUGCUCUCUGUGGAGCGGAGUUUCUGGUGGGGCCUCUGCAACCAUCAUUGCCAGGUGGAAAGAGAGGAGAGGAGAGGA